AUGGGAUCAGGGAAGCUGGCUCAGGUGCUGCUGGGAUGGGUGGCGGUGUGUUCUGCGGCGGUCCAUGUGGUGUGUGGUCAAACUGGGAAUGGACCGUACCAAGCUAACCGCUUCACCGGCACUGUGGACCAGAGAGAGGCGCAACGGGUUCGACGCCGUGGCCAGGAGACACUGAGAGGGCCCAAUGUGUGUGGCUCUCGCUUCCAUUCAUACUGCUGUCCAGGCUGGAAAACUCUGCCAGGAGGGAACCAGUGUAUUGUUCCAAUUUGCAGGAAUUCAUGUGGCGAUGGCUUCUGCUCCAGACCCAACAUGUGUACCUGUUCAAAUGGUCAACUCUCUCCCAGCUGUGGUGCAGGAGCAGGAGUUCAGUCCUGUAACGUCAGGUGUAUGAAUGGAGGCUCCUGCGCAGAGGACUCUUGCUCCUGCACGAAGGGCUACACAGGCAACCACUGUGGACAGCCUGUGUGUGAGAAUGGUUGCCAGAACGGUGGGCGCUGCAUUGGACCCAACAGAUGUGCCUGCGUCUAUGGUUUCACUGGCCCGCAGUGCGAGAGAGACUACAGGACUGGGCCAUGUUUCACGCAGGUGAACAACCAGAUGUGUCAGGGCCAGCUCAGUGGAAUCGUCUGCACCAAGACCCUUUGCUGCGCUACCAUUGGACGAGCAUGGGGCCACCCCUGCGAGCAGUGCCCAGCCCAGCCACACCCCUGCAGACGAGGCUUCAUCCCCAACAUUCGCACUGGUGCCUGUCAAGAUGUUGAUGAGUGCCAGGCAGUGCCAGGUCUUUGCGCCGGAGGUAACUGCAUCAACACUGUGGGAUCCUACGAGUGUAAAUGUCCCGCUGGCCACCGUCAGAGUGAAACCAGCCACAAAUGUGAAGAUAUUGAUGAAUGCAGCACUAUUCCUGGUGUGUGUGAUGGAGGAGAAUGCACCAACACUGCUGGUAGCUACGUCUGCACCUGUCCACGAGGCUACAUCUCCAGCACAGAUGGCUCCCGAUGUGUGGAUCAACGUGUGGGCACCUGUUUCUCUGCUCUGGCUAAUGGCCGCUGUGCUGCAGAGCUGACUGGACAAUACACCAAGAUGCAGUGCUGCUGUGACACAGGCCGCUGCUGGGCUCUGGGACAGAUUCCUGAGAUGUGCCCUGUCAGAGGGUCUGAUGAAUUCAGGCGUCUGUGUAUUGUGGGUGUUCCCCAGGGACAUGGUUUCCCUCAUGGCUACCCCAACGGACAGUUCCCCAAUAACAAUGGCAAUGGGUUCAACUAUGGAUACAAGUUUCCCAGUCUACCUAAUGGUAAUGGUAACGGAGGUGCUGGUGGCAACGGAGGCUUUGGAGGUAACGGAGGGAGCUUUGGAGGCAAUGGAGGGGGACUUUCUACCCACCAAAACAUAGGCACUGUUUCCGUGAACGACUCCAUUGAUGUGUGCAAACAUUUCACCAACUUGUGCCUAAAUGGACGUUGCAUUCCCACAAUCUCAAGCUAUCGUUGUGAGUGCAACAUGGGCUACAAACAGGAUGUUCGUGGGGAGUGUAUCGAUGUGGAUGAGUGUGUGAGCAAUCCAUGCAUCAAUGGAGACUGUGUCAACACAGCUGGAUCAUACCAUUGCAAGUGCCAUGAGGGCUACCAAGGAACCUCUACCAAACAAGCCUGCAUUGAUAUUGAUGAGUGUAUUGUGAAUGGAGUGAUGUGCCGCAACGGUCGCUGUGUCAACACUGAGGGAAGCUUUCAGUGUAUCUGCAAUGCUGGCUUUGAGCUCACUCCUGACGGAAAAAAUUGCAUUGAUCAUGAUGAAUGCGCGACCACCAAUAUGUGUCUCAAUGGCAUGUGUAUCAAUGAGGACGGCAGCUUUAAGUGUAUCUGCAAACCUGGCUUUGCCUUAGCAGCCAAUGGACGCUACUGCACCGACAUUGAUGAAUGUCAGACACCUGGCAUUUGUAUGAAUGGACGCUGCAUCAACUCUGAAGGCUCCUUUCGGUGCGAGUGCCCACCAGGCCUGGCUAUUGAUGUCGAUGGGAGAGUGUGUGUGGACACACACAUGAGGACCACCUGUUAUGGUGCUAUAAAGAUGGGCACAUGCUCUCGGCCAUUCCCUGGUGCAGUGACCAAGUCAGAGUGCUGCUGUGCCAAUCCUGAACAUGGCUUUGGAGAGCCUUGCCACCCCUGCCCCUCCAGAAAUUCAGCUGAGUUCCAGGCUGUGUGCAGCAGUGGUAUUGGCAUUACAGCUGAUGGCAGAGACAUCAAUGAGUGUGCCCUGGAUCCAGACAUUUGUCAAAAUGGCAUAUGUGAGAACCUGAGAGGAAGUUACCGCUGCAUCUGUAACAUUGGCUACGAGUCUGACACCAGUGGCAAAAACUGUGUCGAUGUCAAUGAGUGUCUGGUGAACCGUCUGCUCUGUGAUAACGGUCUGUGCAGAAAUACUCCUGGCUCCUACACUUGCUCCUGCCCCAAAGGCUAUGUCUUCAAACCCGACUCAGAGACAUGUGAAGAUAUCAAUGAGUGCGAGUCUAGCCCGUGUAUCAAUGGAGCGUGUCGCAACGUGGCUGGUUCCUUCAACUGUGAGUGCACCCACGGCAGCAAGCUGGACUCCACCAACACCAUUUGCGUGGAUAGCAUGAAAAGUACUUGUUGGCUGACCAUACAAGACAACCGCUGCGAGGUAAACAUCAACGGAGCCACACUGAAGUCUGAGUGCUGUUCCACACUGGGAGCCGCCUGGGGCAGCCCAUGUGAUCCCUGCGAGAUUGACACAGCCUGCUCUCGAGGAUUUGCUCGUAUGAAGGGCCUUGUCUGUGAAGACAUUAAUGAGUGUGAGGUGUUCCCUGGAGUGUGUACAAACGGCCGCUGUGUGAACUCCCAGGGCUCUUUCCGUUGUGAGUGUGCCGAAGGACUCACUUUGGACAGCACUGGACGCACAUGUGUUGAUAUGCGUAGUGAGCAGUGUUACAUGAAGUGGCACGAGGAUGAGUGUGGCGAGCCCCUGCCAGGGAGAUACCGUGUGGACAUGUGCUGCUGUUCAGUGGGUUCUGCAUGGGGUAUCGACUGUGAGGAGUGUCCCAAAGCAGGCUCACCUGAGUACAGAUCCAUCUGUCCCAGAGGGCCUGGCUUUGCCAACAGAGGAGAUAUCUUGACCGGCAGGCCUUUCUAUAAAGAUGUGAAUGAGUGUAAGGUUUUCCAGGGUCUGUGUACUUACGGAACUUGCCGCAACACCAUUGGCAGUUUCAAGUGUCGCUGCAACAGCGGCUUCGCUUUGAACGCUGAGGAAAGGAAUUGCACAGACAUUGAUGAGUGCCGCAUCUCUCCGGACUUGUGUGGUCAUGGUUCCUGUGUCAACACACCUGGCAGCUUUGAGUGUGAAUGCUUUGAGGGCUAUGAGAGCGGUUUCAUGAUGAUGAAGAACUGCAUGGACAUUGAUGAGUGUGAGAGAAAUCCUCUGCUGUGUCGUGGAGGAACCUGUUUGAACACAGAAGGGAGUUAUGAGUGUGAAUGUCCCACCGGACACUCACUCAGCACAGAUGGAUCUGCCUGUGAAGAUGUGAAUGAGUGCCAGCUGAGUGACAACUUGUGCAAGAACGGCCAAUGUGUCAACAUGCCGGGAACCUACCAGUGCUCAUGUGACACUGGUUACCAGGCCACACCAGACCGUCAGGGCUGCGUUGAUAUUGAUGAGUGCACCAUUAUGAAUGGAGGCUGUGAAACCCACUGCACCAACUCAGAGGGCAGCUACGAGUGCAGCUGUAGUGAGGGCUAUGCUCUCAUGCCUGACCUCAGGACCUGUGCAGAUAUUGAUGAGUGUGAGGAGACUCCAGACAUCUGUGAUGGAGGCCAGUGUACCAAUAUUCCUGGGGAGUAUCGUUGUCUCUGUUACGAUGGUUUCAUGGCUUCUAUGGAUAUGAGGACCUGUAUUGAUGUCAACGAGUGUGAUUUGAACCCAAACAUCUGUCUCCAUGGUGACUGUGAGAACACCAAAGGGUCCUUCAUCUGCCACUGUCAGCUGGGAUACUUUGUCAAGAAGGGAUCCACGGGCUGCACAGAUAUUGAUGAGUGUGAGAUCGGGGCUCACAACUGUGACAUGCAUGCUGCCUGUAUCAACGUGCCUGGAAGCUUUAAAUGUCGCUGUCGAGAUGGUUGGAUUGGGGAUGGCAUCAAGUGUGUGGAUCAGGAUGAGUGCUCUGCCGAGGACCACAACUGCAAUCCGAACGCAGACUGUGUUAACACACCAGGAUCCUACAGGUGCACAUGCAAAGAUGGCUUUAAUGGAGACGGCUUUUCCUGCUCUGAUAUGGAUGAGUGUGCAGACAAUGUGAACUUGUGUGAAAAUGGCCAGUGUCUGAAUGCUCCGGGCGGCUACCGUUGCGAGUGUGAAAUGGGCUUCACUCCUACUGAAGACAGCAAGGCUUGUCAAGACAUCGAUGAGUGUAAUUUCCAGAAUAUCUGUGUGUUUGGCACAUGCCAGAACCUUCCAGGGAUGUUCCGCUGUGUGUGUGAUGAUGGUUACGAACUGGACCGCAGCGGAGGAAACUGCACUGACAUCAAUGAGUGUGCAGACCCUGUGAACUGCAUCAACGGACUGUGUGUGAACACUCCGGGGAGCUACCUGUGUAACUGCCCACCUGACUUUGAGCUCAACCCCACCGGAGUGGGCUGCGUGGAUACCCGUGUUGGCAACUGCUUCCUUGAUAUCCUUGCUCGUGGCGAUGGAGGAAUCUCCUGCAGUGCAGAGAUCGGAGUGGGCGUGACCAGAGCUUCCUGUUGCUGCUCCCUAGGAGGGGCCUGGGGAAACCCCUGUGAACUUUGCCCUGCCCCCAACUCCACGGAAUAUAAGACUCUCUGUCCAGGAGGAGAGGGAUUCAGACCCAACCCUAUUACUGUCAUCCUGGAAGAUAUCGACGAGUGCCAGGAGCUGCCAGGUCUCUGCCAGGGUGGAAACUGUGUGAACACCUUUGGCAGUUUCCAGUGUGAAUGUCCAGGAGGUUACUAUCUCAAUGAGGAGACUCGCAUCUGUGAGGAUAUCGAUGAAUGCACAACCCACAUUGGAAUCUGUGGGCCGGGUACCUGCUAUAACACUCUGGGCAACUAUACCUGUGUUUGUCCCCCUGAAUACAUGCAGGUCAAUGGAGGAAACAAUUGCAUGGACAUGAGGAAAAGUGUGUGUUACCGUAACUUCAAUGACACAUGUGAGAAUGAGCUCUCCUUCAACAUGACCAAAAAGAUGUGCUGCUGUGCCUAUAAUGUUGGAAAAGCCUGGAACAAGCCGUGCGAGGCCUGUCCUACUCCUGCUACCUCUGAGUACCAAUUACUGUGUGGGAACCAGGCUCCUGGCUUCAUUAUUGACAUCCACACUGGCAAGCCAAUUGAUAUUGAUGAGUGCAGAGAGAUUCCUGGUAUCUGUGCUAGCGGAGUGUGCAUCAAUCAGAUCGGGAGCUUCCGUUGUGAAUGUCCGAUGGGCUUCAGCUACAACAACAUACUGCUCAUUUGUGAAGACAUUGAUGAGUGUAACAGUGGGGACAACCUGUGCCAGCGCAACGCCAACUGUAUCAACAUUCCAGGCAGCUACCGCUGCGAGUGCUCGCCAGGCUUCAAACUGUCCCCCAGUGGGGCCUGUGUGGACCGUAAUGAGUGCCAGGAGAUUCCUAAUGUGUGCAGCCAUGGAGAGUGUAUUGACACGCAGGGAAGUUACCGCUGUCUCUGCCACAACGGCUUCAAGGCCACUGCUGACCAGACCAUGUGCAUGGAUAUUGACGAGUGUGACAGACAGCCAUGUGGUAACGGUACCUGUAAAAACACAGUGGGAUCCUACAACUGUCUCUGCUUCCCCGGCUUCGAGCUCACACACAACAAUGACUGCAUGGACAUAGAUGAGUGCAGCGCCCUCCAGGGCCAAGUGUGCAGGAACGGACAGUGCAUCAACGGACUUGGUUCCUUCCAGUGUCUCUGUCAUGAGGGUUAUGAGAAUACGCCUGAUGGGAAGAACUGUGUUGAUAUCAAUGAGUGUGUGAGUCUGCCCGGCACUUGCUCUCCAGGAACUUGUCAGAAUCUUGAUGGAUCCUUUAGAUGUAUCUGCCCCCCUGGCUAUGAGGUGCAAAAUGACCAGUGCAUAGAUAUCAACGAGUGUGAGGUGGAACCUAACAUCUGCCAGUAUGGCACCUGCACCAACACCCCUGGAAGCUUCCAAUGCUCCUGCCAGACAGGCUUCGUUCUCUCUGAUAACAAACGGCGCUGCUAUGAUACCAGAGAGAGUUUCUGUUUCACCAAGUUUGAUGCAGGAAAAUGUUCCGUCCCCAAAGCCUUCAACACCACCAAGGCUAAGUGCUGCUGCAGCAAAAUGCCCGGAGAGGGCUGGGGGCUUCCCUGUGAGCUGUGCCCACGAGAGAAUGAGGCUGCUUUUGACACUCUGUGUCCGUAUGGCCAUGGAGCCCUGCCUGGACCAGAUAAUGCUCGUGAAGAUAUGAAUGAGUGUCUGGAUAACCCAGGCAUUUGCCAGAAUGGUAUCUGCAUCAACACAGACGGUUCAUUCCGCUGUGAAUGCCCCUUUGGAUACAACCUGGAUUACACUGGAGUUAACUGUGUUGACACUGAUGAGUGUUCCAUCGGAAACCCAUGUGGAAAUGGAACCUGCACCAAUGUGGUGGGAGGUUUUGAAUGUUCGUGCCAGGAGGGCUUUGAACCUGGAUCCAUGAUGACCUGUGAAGACAUCAACGAGUGCUCCCAGAAUCCUUUGCUGUGUGCCUUCCGUUGUGUCAACACGUUCGGCUCCUAUGAGUGUAUGUGCCCUGCUGGCUACGUGCUGCGAGAUGACCAACGCAUGUGUAGAGAUCAAGACGAGUGUUCGGAGGGUCUGGAUGACUGUGACUCCAAGGGUAUGACUUGUAAGAACCUGAUUGGUACCUUUAUGUGUAUCUGCCCCCCUGGCAUGCAGCGCCGACCAGAUGGAGAGGGAUGUAUGGACCUGAACGAAUGCCGCAGCAAACCUGGCAUCUGUAAGAAUGGCCGCUGUGUUAAUACAGUGGGAAGCUACCGCUGCGAGUGUAACGAUGGCUUUGAGUCGAGCUCCACUGGAACUGAAUGUAUUGACAACCGAAAGGGUUUCUGUUACAUCGAGGUUCUGCAGACUAUGUGCCAGCAGUCGUCCACCAACAGGAACAGUGUGACCAAAUCAGAGUGCUGCUGCAACACGGGCCGAGGCUGGGGGUCCCAGUGUGAGCUCUGCCCAUUGCCUGGCACCAUACAGUACAAGAAGAUGUGCCCACUUGGACCUGGCUACACCACAGACGGUAGAGACAUCAACGAGUGCCAGGUGAUGCCAGAUUUGUGUCGCAAUGGUCAGUGCAUCAACACCAUUGGAUCCUUCCGCUGCCACUGUAAUGUUGGAUACAAAACAGACUUCACUGCAACCUCCUGUGUUGAUAUGGAUGAGUGCGCUCUGUCUCCCAAGCCCUGUAACUUCCUGUGUAAAAACACAGAGGGCAGCUACCUCUGCUCCUGCCCCAGAGGAUACAGCUUGCAGCCAGAUGGGAAGACCUGCAAAGAUUUGGAUGAGUGUUCAACAAAGCAGCAUAACUGCCAGUUCCUCUGUGUCAACACCAUCGGAGGCUUCACCUGCAAGUGCCCUCCUGGCUUCACCCAACACCAGACUGCCUGCAUUGAUAACAAUGAAUGCACAGGUCAGACCACUGCGUGUGGUUCACAGGCCUCUUGUAUCAACACACCUGGUAGCUUCAACUGUGAAUGCUCUAAGGGUUUCUCUUUGGACACCACAGGAAUCGAGUGUGAGGAUGUAGAUGAGUGUAGCAGUAACCACCGCUGCCAGCACGGCUGUCAGAACAUGAUGGGAGGUUUCCGCUGUGGCUGUCCUCAGGGCUACGUGCAGCACUACCAGUGGAACCAGUGUGUGGAUGAGAAUGAGUGUCAGGGUGGAUCAAUGUGUGGCUCUGCCUCCUGCUACAAUACACUGGGCAGCUACAAGUGUGUGUGUCCCUCUGGCUUUGACUUUGAGCAGGGUGCUGGUGGCUGCCAAGAUGUGAAUGAGUGUGGCAUGGGCAGCAACCCCUGUAUUUAUGGCUGCUCCAACACGGACGGAGGCUACCUGUGUGGCUGUCCUGGAGGUUUCUACAGAGCGGGACAAGGUCAUUGCAUAACAGGCUCAGGUUUCCCGGGUCAGUUUGGUGGUGGUGAUGGUGGUGAUGAUGAUGAUAGUCUGUCUCCUGAGGCCUGUUAUGAGUGUAAGAUCAAUGGAGGAGGAGGAAAGAAAGGACGACACAGACGCAAUGCUGAUGAAAAUGACCUCAACCAGGAACCAGCAGUGAGUAUGGCCAGCUUGGACACCCACACUUCCAUCCCCAUGAACCUUUCUCUGGCCUCACUACUCAACAAGGAGCCUGUACUAGAGCUUCUGCCGGCCCUGCAGCCCCUGGAGAACCAUGUACGCUAUGUCAUCACCCACGGCAACACUAAUGAACACUUCCGCCUACUGGAACGCCGCGAUGGAAAGAGUGUGCUCCGGCUUGGCAAGAAGCCGCCUCCACCGGGAUCCUACCGGCUGGAUAUCGCCAGCCUGCCACUGUUCGGGCCCCGAAAACGACAGCAGCUGGAGGAGAAGCAUGACAAUGACUACCUACAAGGGGAAAUAGGAGAUGCCCUGCGCAUCAAGCUCCACAUCCACCUGCACUGAGCUCUGAGUGGGCUCACAACCCUGCCCUGGACUGAUUCCUAAAGCCUCUGACCCUUGAGUUUUAACCUGCCCUUUUAUCCAAUAACCUCCUCUCCAGCACCCCAGCAGGACCAUCCCCACCAACAAGGGGGUUAUCAAGGGCUAUGAAAGACUGAGUCAAUCAGCCCAACUCUACCACCACUUUGUUACUGUUUAUGGUAUUCUAUGUUCAUGUUUUGUUUGUUUUUUUACCCUGACUACAAGUCCUCUUGCGCCUGUCUUCUCCUACCCGACCCAGCACUCAUCUCUCCAUUGUGAGAUCCAUCGGAGGAGAUGGCAGAGAGGUGCCUAGUGCUUUGACCACAGCUUCCUAAUAUACAAUUUGUCAAAAUCAAGCAGACAGUUGGCACACAAGUCCAUGAAGCACUUUUGAAGAAAAGCAAAACAAGAAAUUACACACAAUAGGGGUUUUAUUAGAAAAAGGAAAGUGCUGAGAGUGGCCAAAACUGUCUUUAUGCAUGUACGGUGAUCUUUGAAUUAUAAUUCAGAAACCAUAAUUUUCUUUAGUAUUGUAAAGAAGUUUUAUGAAAGUUACACACAAGGGGUCAGGUGCUGUCAUGGUGGUCUAAGGACUCUGUCACCUCUCUGUGAUCUGAAAAAAUCACAACACUGGGGAACAAGGUAUGUCACGUCUGCCCCUCUCAGUAUUGUAGUGUCAUUUAAUAUAUUUGUGCUGUUUGAGAAAUGUUAACACGAAGGACUGCAGCAUUUACACAGCAUUUCAGGUUCUUUAGUCCAUAGUCGUCUGUUUUAUAGCUGGAUGCCAACCAAUAUUCAGACGAGAAACAGCAAGCUAUGUUCUGCUCUGAUGCAACUAUCUUCCGUCCUGCUUGCGGGCAGCGGCAAGCAGGAAUUGGCGUGUUUGCGUGUGUGUGCUGUCAUGUUGCUUACCUCAGUACUUCUCACCAAGUGUGGACCCCAUGCUGUGAUGCUGACUUAAAAACAGAAGAGGGUGCUGUAGUCCCUCAGCAUCCAUCAUGACCAGGGAAUACAGCCGUUAGUAGUUAGUAGACUUUAAAGAAGAUAGAUCAGGUCACACAUGUAUUUAUCCUUUAGGGAUUAAGAUUUCAGGUCCACUGAUUUUGGACCUGAGAGCCAGUUUUUCAUUCAGUCCAAAGCCUUUUUCUCAUGUUGGCUGUAAGAGGCUUUAAGCUUCUCCUGGUUCUGCAUUUUUACUCGCACUGCUGAAGACAAAUGCUUUAGGAGAACAGAUAUAUAACCAACAACUGGCAUUGGGAGGCUGUACCAAACAGUAAGAGUAAGCUGACUUUAUCUGACUUCUUUUACUUUACUGUGAGCUUGAAGUCUGAGGUAUGAACCUCGUUUACAACACAAAGACGCACAGCUGAGUGCAAUCUCAAAGGUACAUGACAUGUUAACAAUAACUAAGCUGUAACUAAAGGUAGUACUUUACAGUGUAAAGCCACACACAGGUGAACACGAAACCUCACAAAAAUACCAAAUAUCUGUCAGGUCAUCUUUCAUUUCUCAUGAUUUUUUUUUUUCUCAAAGAGAAAAAGGUGCUAGAUAAUACCAUCUCUUACGCUGUACAAAGAAAGUGCAGUCUUGAAUCUGGAUUGCAAAAGUGACUUUUUUUGUUUGUUGUUGUUGUCUUUUGUAUUGUCUCAGUGCUAAAAAAAACAAUAUUAUCAAACUUGCUUCUUGAAAAUUAAAUUGUAUAUUUUUAAGUGAAAUGUAGAUGUUUUUUAUGUCAAGGCUGCCAAAACAAAUACUCAAAGUAAACCCAAGAUUGAAGGUCUUUAGUGCUGUUGACUUUGUUUUGUUGAGAAAAAAAACCCAAAAAAGAUACUAAAUCAAAAAAGCAUUGUUUUCACUGACUGUAUUGCUCGUUUGAAACCACUGUUCCACCAGUCAAAUCAGCCAUUAGUGAAAGAAAUCAAAACAUCAUAAACAUUCCCGCCGUCCGUUAUUUCAACUUAGGGAAGCUUACACUGUACAAUGCUAUAAACAUUGAUGCAAACUUGACCAUCUCCAGCUGGGAUCUAUGGUGCUAAAUGACAAUAAUUUUCUCUGAACAUUCAAGGUUGCUGCACUGUAACACAGCCUAGUCAAUGUUUAUAAUACAUAACCAUUUUUCUAACCUGGGAACCUUUGUAUACUUUGUAUCUUUAUUGUCAGUUUGUAAUUUUUCUUUUAUUUGCCACUAUGUUUUGUUUUUUUAAAGGCAGUGUGUUGCGUGUGCUUACUGUAUCUCAGCUUCAGUGUCAAACUUGAAUACUGUCGUCAUCAUCUGCUUGCAUUGAAAUAUCAUGUGCCAUAUAACUCAGAAAACAAGGAGCCUGAAGUUUCAGUUUGAAUGUUCAUUAAAAGAGUCUGACUGAAAGCUGAAAUGACAAUCAUCCUGUCACACCACACGAUUAGCUAGGAUCAAUCAAUCAAUCAACCGUCAUAGAACAUCUUUUAAUAUCCUGAAUGAUCAUCAUCAUUGUGAAUCGUUGUGUAAAGACAAAAACCAAAGAUUAUGACCCCAAAUGUCAAUCUGUAAAAUUAGAUUGAUCCCCAUAGUAUUGUAAACUUUUGUCCAGUGACAUAAAUGGCAAUAAAGUAUUGUGGGUUAUAUUUUUAA